CCCGAUGUUAUGUAAGUUGUCUUUGGUUUCUUUGUUCGUUAAAGCGAAGGAGGAAAUAUAAGCUUAUUAAUCCACUUUACACAAGUAUUGUCAGUGGUUAAUGAUAGGCAAUGGAGCCUCCAUUGAAUCCGGACCUUGUGGUCCAGUCAUUGAAUUUUCAUGGACAACAGUUACAAAAGCUGUGGGAGAGUGAGAGAGGUGAAGAUGAUUUGAGCAAAGUGAACGUAAACUCAAAAGAAAUUGACUUUGAAGUAUAUCAGCAACGGCAGAAACAACUGAGUUUUCAAGACAGGGGAAAGAGGCUGAAACUGCAACAAUUCAUUGUGAAGAAAGCUACGUCUCUCUUUGAGCUCUCCCUUUCAGAAGCAAGUGAAACAGUCAAGGAUAAGACCCAAAAUGAUGAUGUUUCAGAUUGUUAUGCUGUCAUGCCUCCAUACGAAGCAUUCAUUGAUCUGGACAAGCAGAGCCGUCUCAUGCAUUUUCUAGAGAACCUCCAGAGAGGUGACGUCGUCUUUUGUUCUAUUGUCAGCAAAUCCGUCUCUGGCCUGAUGUUGAAGGUUUUGUGCUCUGAUGGUGAACAACAGCGUUACGUUUCAGACAUUAAUGUCAAGGCCUUCUGCCCUAUGUCGAGCAUGAUUCCAGCAGCUGACAAGAAGUCCGUUACGCGUAACUACCUUGUCAAUGACACGGUGUGCUGUGAGGUGCUGGAAGUGAUGCCAGACACUGAGAAGCUUGUGGUUGGUAUGAAGGGCUUUGCUCUUCCUCCCGAUUCCGAGUAUUCGUGUCGUCUUGGCUUAAUCACCAGUGAAGAUUUCCCAGAGAUGUAUAAGAAAACUCAAGACAUGAAGGGAGAGUCCUACCAGAAAGUACUGGAGAAAACCUUAGGUUUCUACAACCCGAACAACAUUAACUACUUGGCCAAUUUACUUGGUCUUGGAAGCACCAAUUAUUCACACAUGACUGGAAUGCGUGGAAGAUUCCCUGAACAAGAGUAUGCAUCUGAACUUCGUCAGAUACAAGCGAGCAAGUGGGCUUUCAGGAGUGUAGCCGAAGGCAUUGAGCAUUUCAAGUCAGGAAGGCAUUCUGAGGCAUUUCAGUGUUUGAACAAAGCAUUGAACAUCGAUCCUCGGAAUGUUGAAGGAUUGGUGGCACGUGGAGCAUUAUACGCAAAUAGUGGCAGUUUCCAAAAAGCCAUAGAAGAUUUUGAAACAGCUCUAAAACUGAACCCCAACCACCAGAAUGCUCGUAAAUAUGCUGGAGAAACAUUGGUGGCUCUGGGGAGAAGUUAUGAAGAUGAAAACAAAUUUGACGAAGCCCUGAAAGCAUACCAGAACUGCUUAUCUCUCAUACCAUUUCACGAAGAAGCUCAAAAUUCUAUUGAAUAUUUGAAAAACAAGAUUCUGAACAGCUCUAAAUUAUCAGAUUCAGAAGUUACCAUACCAGGCUUAAAUUCUUCAAAAUCGGCUGAAGUGAAAGAAACAUUGAAGCAGUUACUGAAAAGCAAUGAAGAGGAGGAGAAAAAGGAGAAAGAAAAAUCGAAGUCCAAGAAGAAGAAAGAGAGGAAGUCUAGGAAACGGCGCCACCGUUCUAGUUCAUCAAGUAGUACUUCCAGUUCAGCAAGUUCUCGGAGUUCGUCUUCUUCUUCAUCAUCGUCUUCAGAUUCAAGCUCAGCUUCAUCGAGAUCUGGAUCCCAUUCGCGUUCACGCUCACCUUCCAGGUCCCGAAAAUCUUCAAAAAAGCACAGGAAAAGUUCCAAAAAGAAAGAAGACAAGAGAGAGAAAUCACUUUCACCGUUAAGCAAAAGAAUGGCUCUCAUGGAUCCUAACAGUGAAGUUGAAGGUCUUGGAGGUUUACUUGCGCAGAGGGUAUCUCAUUACAAUCCACCUGCUGUUCCAUUUUCUUUUACUCCAUUUCAGGUUGUGCAAGAUACCAGUAUGCAAAAAUCAUAUGAAAAAGAUGAUUAUGAGCAGAGAGUUUGUAGAUUUUUGGAACAGACUAAAGGAGACUCAGAAUAUGAAGAAAAGGUUCGAAAAUUCUUGGAGGAAUCUGCACGAUGGAAAAAGGAAAGGAAGGCUCAGGAGGAAAAAUCAAAGAAGAAGAAAAAGAAGGAAAAGAAGUCCCGUGAUAAGGAGAAGAAUAAGAAGAAGAAGAGGGAACGUGAAGAGCAUGAGAAGAAGAAGAAACAUAGGAGCAAACGCUCCGAUAAAUUUGACAUAAAAGAUUUCGAAGAACAGAUGGAGUCAAAGAAGUUCAGAGAUGCUAUUAGGAAGGAGCUCACUGUUAAGGACGAAACACGAAAACGAAAAAGUAUAGAUGAUGAAGAAGAAUUCCUGUAUGGAUCAGGAAGUGACAAAAAGGACUUGAGAUUGCUUGGACUUGAAAACCUUCCUGAUCUUGAAGACUUGGAAUCAAAGUUAAGUGCUUAUUAUGCCAAGGUGGAGAAGGAUACUGGGUUAUCAAAAAGGAGUGAGGAGAAAGGUGAGAAAGAAAAGAAGAGGCACUCCUCCAGCCCGGGGAAAAAUAAACAUGCAUCACCAAAAGUUGUUUUUGUUCACAAUGAAGAGGCAAAAGUAGAAGAAACAUUAAGAGCAAGAGAAAAGAAAAAGAUGGAUAUGUUUGCAGACUCACCUUCACCACCAGCAAAUUCAAAGGAGAAAGCAACACCAGAGUCCGCUACAGUCAUGCCUUCGAAAUGGAAGAUACAGAUUGGCUCAACAAACACUAGAAUUAAGAAAAAGGACAAAUCUCAAAUUGAAAAGGAACCAUGGGAUGAAAUUGAAGAGAAGAGGUUCAUUUUCUUAAAAGAUAAUGAUAAAGAAGGUAGUGAAGAUGAAGCUGAGGUGCGCAAGAAGAAACAACCGGAAGAAAAGUUCAGUGCCAGGAAAUCCAGAGAAACUGCUGAAAAGAUUGUACAAGAAAAACCUAAGAAAGAAAGUUCAGAGGAAGCAAGAGAAGAUUCUAUUACUAAAACGCAACAGUUUAUGGAUAAGUUUCAGAGUGGUUUUAGAAUAAACUCAUCUCGUUCUUCAGAAAAAAAAUCAGAUGAGCUCCCUCCCCUGCCACCUGGUAUGCCCCCAAAGACAUCAUUCACCAUAUCAGGUAGAGGCAAGACAACACCAGUGUUAGCGAACUCCAGUUCACAAGCCAAGGGCCCAAGGACUGAUAGUGAUACAGAUUCCAAUGCUUCUGAGAAACGAAAGAAAAAGAAACCACCGCAGCAACAACCACAGCAACAGCAGCCUACUCCUACAUCACAACAGACACCAACUGCAGCUUCAUCUAGUGCAGGUCCUGGUAGAAGGCUUUCAUCUGGUGAAUCAUCACGUAGCAGGUCUCGCUCUCGAACAAAGUACAGUCGUGCUUCUAGCAGUAAUAGCUCACGGUCUCGCUCUCGUUCAUAUCCAAAGAAUAGGAACAGGUCUAAAUCUGCUUCCUAUGAUGGUAGACGAUCACGCUCAGCAUCAUAUGCUAGGUAUGGUAGCCGUUCAAGGUCCCGAUCUUAUUAUCGUAGUUCAGCAUCACGUUCAAGAUCUCGUUCGUACCGUAGCCGCAGUCGAUCAUACGAUCGCUAUUCACGUAGCCGAUCUCGGUCUGAGGAUUACAGGAGGCGUAGCAGAAGUGAAUCUGAUGACCGUCGCAGGAGGCACGAUUACCAUAUGAAUAAAUUUCAGGGUCGAUAUCCACGUAAUCGUGGCACAUAUUACAGGCCUCGUUUCCAGAGCAAUUACAAGAAUGCACGUGGUGGAAGUAAUUUUGCUAAUCGUGGGAACAGGAAUUUCCAUCAAAAGUAUGGACCCGGUCGAGGGAACAGGCCAUUUAACAAUCGAGGGAGAGGGAGAGGAAGGCCUAGGUUUUUUCACUAUAAACCUAGUUCUGGUUACAGAGACUACCAUAGCAGACGUUAUGAGGGAAGACCUCGAUCCAGAAGUAGUGAUGGUAGGAGGAGCUACAGCCGUGAAGAUGAUGAUCCUAUGAAGAAGGUUGAUGCAGCGAAAGAAAAGAUAAAUAAGUAUAUUGCAGAGGAAAAUAAGAAAGAUGAUGCACAAGCAGCGUCCAGUAAAUCUAGGGAUGAACCAUUAAGUGAAGGGGAAGCUGUUGAUGAUGAUGAUUAUGGGUUGCCACCAUUACCUCCAGGUGGACCACCAUCAAGAGAGUCAAGUUAUGUUGACCGUAAAUCUUACGAAGGUAAAUGGGCUGAGAAAGACUCUGAAGAGAAGAGUUCAAGAAAUAGGGGAUCAGAGGGCCCAAGAUUACCCCCAGAAAAUAGCAUUGAAGAAAUGGACAAGUUUCUGAAUAAAGUUAAAGGUCAGAAAAAAGAUGACUCCAAGGAAAGAAGUAAAUCAUUUGGAAAAUCGAGCAGUAACUGGUGAUCUUCAUCAGAAUUGUGACUGUAAAAUAUUCCUUUGCCUUAACUUUCCAUGUUACAUUUGUGUGUGAGAAAUUGUGUACAUCUCAGUAAAAGUAAUUGUAGUGUUGUGUGCAUAGUGAACUGAAUUAUUUUUGUUCUGUCACUAUUUUGACUUGUGCACUAUUAUCAUGACACUGCUGAUACACAUUGUAAAUAUUUUGUGAUCUUACGUUAUUUAAUAUAACCUUCCAGUUCGUUGUGUGAGGUAUGUGUUGUUCCCCUCAUUUAUUUGAAAGCACAGCAGAUGGGCAGAAGUACGAUUUAUGUAAAAGUGAGUCUCCAAUUAUAAUUGAUAGAACAUUCCAACUUUUAAGAAUAGUGCCUGUAAGACUGCUGAAACUAUGUGUAGCUUUUAAGCAUUUCAGUAGUUGAAUAGUAAUUUCUUUGAAUGUAAUCAGUUUAUCACUGCAUAGUUUUAUCAAAAACAGAAAUGUGAUGUUCUUGCAAUACUAAAUAUUUCAGUUCAUUACGAGGAAAAUCAGGCUGUCAUUCAGGCUGUACAAAUAUCAAAACACCUCAUUUGUUCUUCAUUUAGGAUAUUUGACACUUGACAGAAAUGUGAGAUACGAACUUCAUUUUAAAAUUUUGUAAAUUGUCAUCUUACUGUCUUGGAUACAGUAAUAAAUUGUAUCAAAAUACAUUGUAUUUCAUUCUUUGUAUUUAUUACAGCUAAACAAAUAAAUGAAUGAACCUGG